UGCGGGCGUUCCGGGGAGAAUCCCAGAUAUACGGGAGAUGCGGGGUCCGGGGAGACCAGAUAUGGGUUUAGCGUGAAUGUCAGGGGGUUGACCAGAUAUAGGGGAAUGCGGGGUCCGGGCGAGACCAGAUAUCAGUUGGAAUGCGGGGUACGGGGAGACCAGGAUAUAGGAACCCACGCAGGUCACGGGGAGACAGAGAUAUGGGCAAUCUCCACGGGGUCCGAGGAGACCAGAUAUAGUGAACGCAGGGUCCGGGAGACCGGAUAUAGUGAACGCAGGGGUCCGGGGAGAUCGGAUAUAGUGAACGCAGGGUCCGGGGAGAUCGGAUAUAGUGAAUGCAGGGUCCGGGGAGACCGGAUAUAGUGAAUGCGUUGGGUCCGGGGAGAGCGGAUAUAGUGAAUGCAGGGUCCGGGGAGAGCGGAUAUAGUGAAUGCAGGGUCCGGGGAGAGCGGAAUAUAGUGAAUGCAGGGUCCGCAGGGAGAGCGGAUAUAGUGAAUGCAGGGUCCGGGAGAGCGGAUAUAGUGAAUGCA